GGGUGGUCCCGGGCCGGGGGGCAGGGUCCCGGCAGAGGGAGGGAUGUCCCGAUCCCGUUGGGGGUACCGGUACCCAUGGGGGAGAGUGCCGGUACCGGAUGGGGGGGUCCCGCACGGGGGGGUGUUCCCGGCACGGGGCGGGAUUCCCGGUACCGGGGGGUCCCGCUCCGCCCCGUGCCUCCCCCCCGCUAUGGGAAAUCCCCGGGCCGGGCCCCGCAGCCCCGGCGAAGGCCGCCCGGGGGAGGAGGGGGCGACGGGGGCAGCCCGGCGGGGUGCGGGGCUGCGCGGGGGGGUGCUGGGCGGGGCGGGGCGGAGCGGGGACCCGGCGCGGUCCUGCGGAUGCUCCGCCAGCGCCGGCGGGAGCGGGGCGAGCUCCAGCGCGGCACCGGCCACCCGCACCCGGCACCGGGACGGACCCUCCGCCUCCAGCACCGGCUCUCCGCCACCGGCACCGGUCCUUGGGCCCCGGCCCCGGCCGGCCUCCUUCCGCGCCCGCACCGGCUUUUCUUCCCCGGCACAGGGUCCGGUCCGCCCCCGGCACCGGGACGGACCCUCCCGUCAUCCCCCCCCCGCCGCUAGAACCGGUUCUCCCUCGGCACCAGGACCAGCCCGCCCCCCCGGCGGCACCGGCACUGCUCCUCCGGCAGCAGCACCGACCCUUCCCGGCUCACCGGGACCUCCCGCCUGUGCCAGCAUUUAAAGCCCACGAAUGCUGGAGUGGUGGUAUGGAAAAGGCAGGCAUGGUGGAGCCAAGCACUGAGCCCUCGCCGAGCACAGGGGAGCCGGCAUCCCCCUGACCCAGUGGACACAGGGAGCCGUGGCUGGGCAGGACCAGCCGAGGACCAGCCCCGGGGCUUUCUGCACCGUCACCGUUGGCAAUGCGAGCGAUGGCAGACCAGGCUGCAGUGGCGGCGGACGCCUCUCCAACGCUGGCACCGUCCCCAGGCUCCCCUCAGCAUGGGGACACCGAUGGGCUCACAAUCCAGCCCACCAGCUCCAGGGAGGACGGCGGUGGCCAGGACGGCUGUGGGCUUGUUUUCACAGUGGAUGGGGACACAAAGCCUGUCCCCUCACCCCAGCCCGGGGGGAUGCUCCUGGCUGAUGUCCCGCGGGCCCCCCAGCCCCGGCUGAGCCCAGCCAAGUCCCGCACGGCCCCAUCCUCCCCCAGCGUCUCCCCGUCGGAGAGCCGUGCCGCCUUGCUCCGGCUGCGGGAGGCCAGGCUGGAGGACACCAAGAGGCGGCUGUCGGAGGCCAUGCAGGAGCCCCUCAGCCGGCUCAGCCGGCUCAUGGCCGAGGAGAGCAGCCCCGUGCCCCGCGCGAAGGCCAGCACCGGGGCGCAGGAGGUGGGGGGCAGCCCUGGGCCGGCGGGGGGCCGUGGGGCUUGGGGACGCCGGGCACGGGACUGGAGCCCCUGGGAGCCCACCCUGAACUGCCGCUAUGAGAUCUGCUCCUAUGGGGACGUGAUCCAGGUGGUGGAAGUGGCGCAGCAGGAUGCAGAGCCCCAGCCGCCCCUUCCCGAGGAGCUGCCACCGGCGCGGCCGGGGGGCACGGUGCCGGGCAGAGCUCUCGCCUCCAUCGCACUCCUCGCCUACGGCUACUUUGUCCUGCCGCUGCCGCCCUACGCCGCCGGCCUCUGCCUGGGACUCCUCUGUGGGCUGGUGCUGGGCUUCCUCGCUGUCCUCGUCCUCCUGCCGAAGCCUCUGCCGGCACCACGGGCACCACGGGACCACCCGCGCCCCAAGCUGCUCCCGGGGGAGCCGUGGGAAACCCACCGCCUCCAGGGCUGGAUGAACCAGCUGCACACCUAUGACCCUGAGGUUUUCCACCCCUCGCUCACGCACUCUGUGCUUGCCAUGCUGGAUGGAGCCACCCUCAAGCUCUCCUACCCCAAGAGCAACAUCCCGCGCCGUGCCACCUUCGAGGAGGAAAUCCUCGAGGCCGUCUUCAUCAGCCACCGCUGCUACGACCUGACUGAUGCCAAGGUCUUCCUCUGCCCCCCCAGCUUGGCCCGAAAGCGGACGUGGAACAAGAAGUACCCCAUCUGCAUCCUCCUCCCUGACCCAGCGGAGGUGGAGUGCCGGAGCAGCGAGGAGCACAACUUGGAGCUGCAGAAGGAUGAAGGGACAAAGAAGACGCUGGUGCCAGGGCAGGAUGUCCCGGGGGACUGCAGAGAGAGGUGCCUGUACCUCUUUGGGCGGACGGGGAGGGAGAAGGAGGAGUGGUACCAGCACCUCGUGCAAGCCUCCCGUGGGACACCCAGCAGCAGCCGUGGUGAAGCCAGGGCAGGUGUGGGACCGGCUCUGCAGAGCAGCGGCAGCAGCAGUGGAGGGAGCGCUGAGGACAUCCCCUCCACUCUCCCACCCAAAGACCUGGCAGGAAGCAUCCGACAGAAGAUUUUCCUGGAUUACAGCACCUACAUGGCCCGAUUCGUGCCAGCGCAGGUGGAGGGCAGCCCGGACCAGAGCCCCUCUCACAGAGCACUGGGCAGCCCCACACCCACAAAGCACGGGGAGGACAUGGCCGGGCGCAGCAAGGUGUGCAUGGCCUGGAUGAACGCGCUAGUGGGGCGCAUCUUCUGGGACUUCCUCCGGGAGCAGUACUGGGCUGAGCUAGUGUCCAGCAAGAUCCAGAAGAAGUUGAGCAAGAUCAAGCUCCCAUAUUUCAUGAACGAGCUGACACUGACGGAGCUGGACAUGGGCACAUCCAUCCCCUCAGUCCUCAGCGCCUCCAGCCCCACCAUCAAUGAGCGAGGGCUCUGGGUGGACAUGGAGGUCACCUACAGCGGCUCGUUGCAGAUGACGCUUGAGACGAAGAUGAACCUCUGCAAGCUGGGGAAGGAGAGUGCUGCAGAGGAGAGCAGCCCCGCAGAGGCAGGCAGAGAGGGGGCCAGGCCACGGCUGAUCCUGCUGGCAGACAGUGACGCCGAGUCAUCCAGCGCUGGCUCCUCCGAUGAGGAAGACAUCGCCACUGCAGAACAGGCGGGAGCCCUGGGGGAGCGGGUCCUGCCGCCUGGCACCGAGGGCCACGUCAGCGGCAACAGCACAAGCCGGAAGAUCUUGCGCUUUGUGGAUAAGAUCGCCAAGUCCAAGUACUUCCAGAAGGCCACUGAAAAUGAGUUCAUCAAAAAGAAGAUCGAGGAGGUUUCCAACACACCGCUGCUGCUGACGGUGGAGGUGCAGGAGCUGGCAGGCACCUUGGCUGUGAACAUACCACCACCACCAACGGACCGUGUCUGGUACAGCUUCCGAGUCCCACCCCAGCUGGAGCUGAAGGUGCGCCCAAAGCUGGGCGAGCGGGAGGUGACAUUCCUCCAUGUCACUGAGUGGAUCGAGAAGAAGCUGCAGCAUGAAUUUCAGAAAAUUUUGGUGAUGCCAAACAUGGAUGAUCUCAUCAUUCCCAUCAUGCGCUCUGGCUUGGAUCUUCAGCCACCCGCUGCGGGACUGCCCAGGGACCCACCCGCCAAGGGAGAGAAGAGGCUCUGAAGCGCAGCCCCAGGGGGAAGGCAGAGACCCUGCGAGAGCUCAGGGACCUCGCUGGGACAUGGGGCCAGCCUGGGCCCCGCCACUGACCGCAGCCGGGGCUAUGCCAUGGGCUCUGAGCUUCUCGGUUCAUCUCAUCCUCAGCACAUUUGUAGAUGAGCCUCCUCCUUAAAAACCGCAAGCACACGUUCAGAGCAGAACCAGACAUGGGGCAAGGGGUUUGCUGGAGACCCAAGAACUUCGUGCACCUCCUCCCAGGCUCCCAGGACUCCUGGCCAAGGGGGCAGCUCUGCACCAGCGGAGGGCUGGGCUUUCCACUGUCUGGUUCCCAAAGAGGGUGCAGGACGCCCAGACCGGUUCUGCACUGAAGGAGUUGUUGUCACCGCUGAUCCAAGACAUCACAGCUCCAAAACGCAUCAUACCCUCCCUGCAGGCAGCUGGACUGCAAGGAAAACAGGGGUGGGGAACGGGUCCAAAAUCUGAAUAAACCCAUCACUGCCCGGUCUGACCUAGCAGCCAUCUUAUUGUACCCAAGUUCCCCACCUGCUGAGGAUGCCAGCUGCCAGGAUUGUGGGGCUUUCUGCAGGGAGAAGUCCACCAGCCGUAUUUUCAGCUCAGCCAAAGGCGUACCUGGGGGUGCACGUGUGAGCAGAGAGAUGGGCAGUGAGCCUGGGAGGGGGCAGGUAAUGGGGAGGCCCUGUAUUCCCAGUGGAAACUGGGGCUGAAGUGCCGGUACCUGCUCUGCUUCCCUCUGGAAGAGAGGAAGGACAGUCUUCAUCGUGGUCUGGGUGAAUGCAGGCAGUGGGAAAAAAUUCACCAGGCAAAGAAAAGGGAGGAUCCAGAGGACAGAGCAGACACCUGGGCAUCCCAGUUAGUCCCCAUCCAUACAGG